AUGCCGCCUGCACACUGCGAGCUCCCCACGCACUGCCCAGCUCCAGGGGUCUCAUGGGCACUGCUGGUGGCCCCACGGUGGUCCCACAGUGGCCCCAUAGGCUUCGUGGCGGCGGGUCCCCGGCGGCGGCGGUGUCAUCGUCCCCUCGGCCCCGGCGUCCCCGCCCCACGGUUCCCUCCCCCCGCAGCCGACCUGUUCGAGCGGACGGCGGCGGAGCUGGCGCAGCAGGGCCUGGGCUGCGAGUGCCUGGGGGGCGGCCGCCUCUCCCACCGCCCCGAGGAGAGGAAGAUCCACGUCUACGGGUACUCGGUGGGCUUUGGGCGAGCGGACCACUCCGUGACCACGGAGAAGCUGAAAGCCAAGUAUCCAGACUACGAGAUCACCUGGGCGGAUGAAGGCUACUGACUCGCUCCAGCUGGGCAACAGCAUUGGCGCCAGCCUGGAGCUGGCGUGGCCAGAUCUGGCGGUGGCAGUGGGCUCCCCGUGCUUGACAGCACUCUGGGCUCUCCUGGUUUUUGUUUGUGUUGAACUCACCCAUUCUCCACCAUCACCAGACUUCCCACGCGCUGUGGGUACUCCCUACCUCCCCAGCACAGUGCGGCAAAGCUUUGGUGAAGCUGGUGGGUGCUCCGCCCUGGCCCCCCUGGUGGUGAGGGGGGUUUGUCCCACAUGUGUAUGUGAGAAUUAAACACAUUGGGGAGCACA